GGAAAAGCCUUGUCUAAAAAUUUAAGGGACUAGGGAGUGGCAGGGUUGGGGGGAGCCUCGCCUAAACUUACGGGCACUGUACCUAAGUCGGGUACCUUACCUAGGCACUAGUAUCUUUGGUUCUCUUCAGGUCUUCAAGUAGGUAUUCAAUUGAAGACAAAUAGAGAAAAGUUAAUUCCAAGAUUCUAGAAAUCAGUGGGAUGAUGUGAUAAUAAAUAUUUCUCAUGACAGAGCACUGCGUUUUCCUGUUCUAGAUUCUUUCAGAUUGCUUCAUUCAACAUCACGGUUCUUUCAGCUGAGCUUGGACCACCAAUACCCUUUUUCACCCUUUUUGGUGCUAAGUCUCAAAACAUGUCGUGACAUAGGUAAUUAUUCAACCGUUAAAAGGCACAAUUGGAAGCUUGGAGCACACCUUGGUCUCCUCUCUGAAUGAGAUGAGAGCUUUUCUCCUCCCGAGAAGGCCUAUCUGCGCUGGAUGCGCAGGAUGGAGACUAUCUUCUUUCAGACAUCAGCUCUCAACUCUCUCUGGGCAACCCCAGACCAGAUACUCAUCUAGCAAGUCUUUAUCAAAACCAAACCUUCCCCAAGGUCCCUGUCGAACUCGAUUUGCCCCGUCUCCGACCGGCUACCUUCAUCUGGGAUCAUUACGGACCGCCUUGUUUAAUUACCUCCUUGCAAGGGCCACCAAUGGCCAAUUUAUCUUGCGAUUAGAGGAUACGGAUCAGAGCCGACUCGUUGGGGAUGCCGAGACAAGGCUGUAUGAUGACUUGAGAUGGGCCGGGCUAUCCUGGGAUGAAGGUCCUGAUGUAGGCGGGAGGUUCGGCCCAUAUCGGCAGUCCCAACGGCUGAAGCUCUAUGAUGCUCAUGCGGACCGCCUGGUCCAGGAAGAGAAGGCUUAUCGAUGCUUCUGCUCGCCCAGUGACUUGGAGGCUCAUAAGAAGCAAGCGCACGAACAUGGAUUGCCAACGACUUAUCCCGGCACGUGCCUCAGCAUCUCCCCUGAAGAGUCCGAAGAGCGUGCAGCACGAGGCGACCGGUACGCUGUGAGAUUCAAGAGCGCCAAGGCUCCGGCUGUGAUUCAGGAUCUUGUGUAUAAACGAUACCGGAAGGCAGAGCCUGAGGAGGACUUCAUCAUCCGGAAGAGAGAUGGUUUCCCCACGUAUCACUUUGCCAAUGUCGUUGAUGACCAUGCCAUGGAGAUCACCCAUGUUAUCCGGGGUGCUGAAUGGCUCAUCUCGACGCCGAAGCACGUCGAGCUGUACAACGCCUUCGGUUGGCAGCCGCCGAAGUUCGCCCAUGUCGGCCUGCUUGUCAACAUGGAGCGGCAGAAGCUGAGCAAGCGGCAUCCCGGGGUUAAUAUGUCUUGGUACCAGAGCGAGGGAGUUCUCCCACCUGCUCUCCUAAACUUCGCCGUCUUGCUGGGUUGGCACCAAGGCCGAGGCAAAGACGUCAUGUCUCUGGACGAGAUGGUCGAAAGCUUCUCGUUGAAGUUUACCAAGGGCGACAUCGUCGUCUCCAUGGAUAAGCUACCAUACUUUCAGAGGCAGCACACUGGACGCCUUCUGACUGAGGACCCUCCGAACAUGACUCUACUUACAGCACACUUCGUGGAUCCAAUCGAAACGAUAAUCAGCAAUAUCGAAUCAUCCAAAUCUGGGGAACAUAUGGACAACAAUAUAGACCCAAGUCUAUUAGGUGACUUAGUUCCAACUAUGAGCCCCGAACAGGGAAACCCGCAGAGCUACAUCCUAAAGGCUCUCAGGGCUAGCCGGCCGCCCACCUCGACCCUCGAGAGCUUUGUCGGCGACAACAAAUAUCUAUUCUGGACAGUCCCACAGACGGUUCUUGAGGAGCGUCUCAACGAUAUAGAUAUCGAGAAUCUGGCCCUUGAAUCUAAACCUGCCACAGCGGGAGACUCCAUCACGUUCCUCGAGACUGCAUUUAGAAACAAGCCCGCGCCUUGGACGGCAGAGAACCUCAACCCCCUGCUCAAGAAGGCGGCAGCGGCUAUAACCUUUGUUGACAAAACUUCUGGUCGCGCUGUAGAAACUGGUGGUUACAGCUUCCUGCGGUGGGUUCUUCUCGGGCGGGAUAAGGGGCCAGGCCUUGGUGACGUGAUGGAGCUUCUGGGGAAGGAGGAGACCAUUCGACGCCUUCAGCUUGCGAGCAAAGUAGCAAGUGGUCGGGUUGGAGGCGGUGACUGAUUCUCAGGCCAUGUUAGAGUACGGCGCUUCCCAUUUGUUUUGUAAUAGCACUGUAUCAAUACUGC